UUAAAGAAGGGGUUGAAGGAUCGAUAAGCCCCGAAGGGGUUUACCAACUGCUGGUGGAUCGAUCGAUAAUUUCGCAAGUGAUAUCCGCUGCUUUUUAAUGAAUUAGAGCGAAACAGCGCGAAAGUGAGGGAAGUAUUAGGCCACGUCGACAUUUGUUCAGUUUCGAUUGAUAAAUAGGUAUAUAGAUAGCUUGUUGUGAGUGUGCAACAGUGAUCGAUGCGUGUCAUUAGUGACAGUUUAUCGUUUUGUCAAAAGUUUCAAGUGUUUUUUACAAAUUUUCCGUAUAAUGAAACAUUUCCAAAAACUUUUGGUAUGAAUUCGUUAUGUCAAGUAAGAUGGAACCCGAAGAAAACGAAAUAUCUCUGGAUUCCAAUGUGUCAGGAACAUCUGCGGGAAUGUCAGUUCCUAUGGAAAAGCAUAACCUGAAAGUUCGAAGAAGAAAUGUAAUCGAGCCAGUGAAUUUUUCAUCGAAAGAAGAACAAAAUUUGGAGUCCGAACGUGACGUUCCUCUUGUAAGAAUGUCUGAUUCUACGAAGGCAUGGUAUGAUAAUCUUAUACCACAAAUACCUGAUAUCGCGGACUUUAGUUUAUCAGAGACAUUGACUAGUAGAGAACGGAUGAAGAUAAGCGUUAUUCGGGGAAGCGUUGCUAAUCCGAAUUUGACAUUAGGAGAACUCAAAUUAUUGGGUUGCAGCAGUGAGGGUUUCGUUCAUGAUGAUAUACGAAGAGUUUUGUGGCCAAAACUUUUGAGACUUUCUGAAGAAAGUAGGCUUUCUAUGGAUGAAUUAGAAACUAUACACAAUCAUAUACCAAAUGAAGUGUAUCAACAAAUAUUAAAGGAUGUAGCACGUAGUGGUAGUCAUAUUUCUGAAAAUGCCACCCAAGAUGAAAUAGAUCAUUUUCAUGAACAAUUAACACAAAUAAUGUGUUGGGUUCUUCAUAAACAUUCUACAUUGAAUUAUUACCAGGGAUAUAAUGACAUAGCAGCAACUGUUUUACUUGUCAUGGGCCUAGAAAAGGGUUUACGUGUACUUGAAAGUAUUUCAUUAGAAUUCCUUGAAAGAUUCAUGGAAAGAACAAUGGAAAAAGUAAACCAAGAAUUAUUUUACAUAUUUGCACUGUUAGAAAGAGUGCAUCCUACUUUAUUAGAACAUUUGGAAAAUGUAGAAUUAUUCCCACAUUUUGCAUUGGCUGAAUAUACAACAUGGUACGCGCACAAAUAUGCAGAAAAUAGAAAAUUAUUACACAGAUUGUUUGAUUAUUUUCUUGGUAGUCCUCCAUUGAUGCCUCUUUAUCUAAGUACUGUGAUUGUAGCACAUAGGGCUACAGAAAUUUUUAAUACCACUCCUGAUAUGGGUCAUACGCAUAAAGUUUUAUGUACUUUACCAGAUGAUUUGCCUUUUGAAACACUUCUACUCGAAGCAAAACUUUUAUACCGUCAGUAUCCUCCCGAAUCUAUAAGUAACGAUGUUAUAGAAUACGAUCAAAAAAGGAAACACAAAGAACAAGAAUGGAAGGCAAAGGCCGAAGCAAGUCGUCAAGAGAGAGAAAGACAGAAUCAACUCCGAAUCGUGCAAUCAAAUCCAAGAAUACCGUAUCGUAUUAGAAGUUAUAAAACGAUCACAGUAGUAACGAUUCUGGCCCUAGGAUUAUAUGCUUUCUUUAGAACAUCGUCUGGACUUAACUGACAUUAAAUGAAUUUAUUUAAAAAGUAGAUCCAUUUAUGUGUCCUCCAAACAGAUUUUCAUUUUACUCAUGUACCGUUAGAAUAAUUUAAUCAGAAUUUUUGGAGACAUUAACAAAAUGGAAAGGCUUAUUGAAUGAAAGAAAUCUUAUUGAAUAAUGAUUGAAUGAAUCUGUUUUUGAAUGUGUAACAAGAAGUAAUUUGAGCAUUCCUGUGCUGCCUUUAUGCUGUGUUCUUUAAAGACCAAUGUCAAGCUUCUGUGCACAUAUGUUUACGGUGUUUGAAAUGUGAACAAAAAUUUGUAGAAAGGUGAAAAAUGUAUACAGUUAUGAAAGGCGAUAUUUCUGCAAUAUGAAUAUUUUGAAAUACACAAGCAAAUUUCAAGUUUGAUGAAUUAUUGUUUAAGAUUAGGAUCUAACCAGGCAUAGGCAUGUAAUCACUCAAAAAACGGCUCUAUCUUCUGGCUUGUUUGGGUGGUUCUUUUUAUUCGGUGGGUAACGGGAAAGAACUCGUUGCGAUUAUGCGACCUCUCGAAAAUGAGAAUUAUAGUGGGAAAUACCCUCUCUGUCUUUCACUAAAUCGUUGCUAAAUCCUUGCUAAGCUCAAAGAGCACUCAUACUCGAUUUACUACUUGUUAUUCAUGCCUGGCUUAGAUUCGUGAUGCAAGUAUGUGUUUAUUCAAAUUUACAAAGAACAACCUAAAUAGAAUAGAGACCAUUAAUAAAAAAAAACAUAAUUUUUUAAUUUUAUUUAUUUCUGUUCACACUUAUCUGUUUUUCAUUCGAUUUUUAUCGAAAUUUUAUUACUAGACAUGUAUAAUAUAUAUGUGUAAACAAUUUAUGCUGUUAAAUCAUGAAUACUUUGAUUUUCAAUAUAUUUAAUUGUAUUACGAAUAAAAAUUACACGAUAUGUUUAACAAAUUUGUACCUGAGAUAUUGAAGUAAGAAAAAUAUACUAAUAGAAUUUAAUACAUUAUACACAUACUAUUGUAGAGAACAAAAAUGGUUGUUUAUAAGGUUAUUUAUCUCUACCAAAUAAAUCAUGUAUGUAUAAAAAUUAAAAUGGAGCGACGUACUUCCAAAGAUAUAAAAUAAGUAGUAACCUUG